UGCCUUCACACCGGACCAGCCUUCACUCAGCACAGAGCGUGCCAUAGCGUGUGUGUGUGUAGACAACCCACGCUGCUGCCUGGAGCCGGACUCAGCUUCCCACGCUGCUCUGAAGAAAGAAUAAUGGAGAAAAAGAGCGAGAUCAACGGGCACGCCAUGCCCAACUCGGCCUCUACCGACUUGAUGGUGGAGAAAAACGCGAAGAAGAGCUUCACAGAGAAGCUGAUGGAGUUUCUGAGGAAGAACCUGCUGGUGAUCAUGACGGUGUCCGGGGUGCUUGUGGGCGUCGGGCUUGGCAUGAUGGUCCGCAACAUGAACCUGACCAAGGCGCAGAUGACUUACUUCGCCUUUCCUGGAGAGAUGCUCCUCCGGAUGCUGAAGAUGAUCAUCCUGCCCCUGGUCGUCUGCAGCCUCAUAUCCGGCGCCGCCAGCCUGGACACGCGCUCCCUGGGCAAGCUGGGUGGCAUCGCGGUCGCCUACUUUCUGGUGACCACGCUGAUCGCCUCGGGGAUCGGGGUGGCCCUUGCCUUCAUCAUCAAACCCGGAGUGGGCGCAGGAGCCCUGAACACCAACAGCCUGGGGCUGGAGAGCGUAAGCAACAACAAGGAGACCGCAGACUCCUUCUUGGAUCUGGCCAGAAAUUUAUUCCCGUCGAACUUGGUGGCUGCUGCUUUCCGUUCUUAUGCUACCGACUACAAGAUGGUCGCUGUCGGAAAUGACACCAACGGAACCGCCCUCUACCAAAAGGUGCCGAUUGGUACAGAAACAGAUGGCAUGAACAUCCUGGGUCUGGUGCUGUUUGCCAUGGUGUUUGGAGUGGCUCUGAGGAAGCUGGGAGAUGAGGGGGAGGAGCUCAUUCGUUUCUUUAACGCUUUCAACGAGGCCACCAUGGUGCUGGUGUCCUGGAUCAUGUGGUAUAUCCCUUUUGGCAUCAUGUUUCUGGUGGGCAGCAAGAUUGUGGAAAUGGAAGACGUGGUUCUUCUGGUCACUAGUCUGGGUAAAUACAUAUUUGCUUCAAUCCUGGGCCAUAUAAUCCACGGAGGCGUCGUCCUGCCUCUAAUCUACUUCGGCUUCACGCGCAAGAACCCCUUCAGUUUCCUGUCAGGACUCAUCACGCCCUUCACCACUGCCUUUGCCACCUGCUCCAGUUCAGCGACUCUUCCCUCGAUGAUAAAAUGUGUGGAGGAGAACAACGGUGUGGACAAACGAAUCAGCCGAUUCAUCCUUCCUAUCGGGGCCACUGUUAACAUGGACGGGGCGGCCAUUUUCCAGUGCAUCGCCGCUGUCUUCAUUGCCCAGCUCAAUAAUGUUGACCUGAACGCCGGACAGAUCUUCACCAUCCUGGUGACAGCCACAGCAUCAAGUGUGGGAGCAGCAGGCAUCCCGGCCGGCGGCAUCAUCACCAUCGCCAUCAUCCUGGAGGCCAUCGGCCUGCCGACCAACGACCUGUCCCUCAUGCUGGCUGUCGACUGGAUUGUGGACCGUACCACCACUGUGGUGAACGUGGAGGGCGACGCUCUGGGAGCAGGAAUCCUCCAUCACAUCAACCAGCAGGAAAUGAAGAAGCAGCAGGCGCAGCAGCAGCAGCAAGAGGAGGAGCUGGCGGAGGUCCGGGUGGAGGCGGUGGCCAACGUCCAGGCCGAGGAGGAGACCUCGCCGCUCUUCACGCACCAAACCAAAGCCUUAGGAGCCACUCCAGAAGCUAUCGAGUCAGUCCUCUGAAGCCAGAGAGACUUUUUCUCCUGAGCCCUGACUUUAAGACCUCUCGACACUUCUGACGUUGCUACUGAUUCACCGUUUUGACUCAGAGUCCAUUUAGAAAACAAUGUCAUUGAUGGUUUCACUCGUGAAGAAAAACAAAGUGCCAAUGUAAUAGUCUGCUUAGUCUGGUGCUGCUUGUGCUUUUAUAAUUUGGGAUAAAAUUACACUACUUUCCGAUAAAGCAUUUUAAAGCAGAUUAGGAACAUUUGGAUUUGAGAAAAACUUAAUUUGAUAGUUCUUCCUCAACAUAACAAAAAGUCUUCUUUCGACAUUUUUUAUAAAAGCAUUUUGUGCUAAGAAGUGAUUGAAGACACUUUGAUUUAAAAUGCUCUAAAACGUGUUGUAGCUCAGUUUUGUCCCAUAUUCGGUACAAGACGCUCACAGCCAUAACUUUCUACACAAGGACAUCAUUGCAUGUCAUGUCAAGUGCAUUUUAUUCUUUAUUCAGACGGCAAACACAAUGACCAACGUUAACAUAACACUAACAACUUGUGACAUCCUUAAAACUCUACACUUCUAACACUUUAAUCACACAUGAGUGACGUCUGUUUGAUCAGCGGUUUUUCAUUUUAUUUGUAGUUUUGGUCUCUUGGCUGGAUGGGAACUGUUAUUUCUUUCUUUUGACGUCAAACAAGGUUUAAAGGGAAAAGUUUGGUCCCAGGUCAGCAGACUAUGUCAAACAUUAACCCCUUCAGAUGACACACUAAGAUUUUGGCCUACUUUUUUACACUGUCUGUUUAACCAGUGACAUCCAGUAAGGUGAAGCAUUGUGAACAUUGGCCCAUUUCAAACACUGUUCAUAUUCGGGCACUUGUGCUGUGGUCUGUAGGGUGGGAAAUGAUCCUGUUUCCCCCUAACAUGGCUGUGAGGUUUCUAAGAAGACCAUUGUUCUUUAAAUCAUGAAAAAUACCUUUUCAAAUUGAAGUUGGAGUAUUUGGAAUAAUAAUGCCCUAACAACAAAGCUAGUUAAUUCAGAAGGAGACUCACAAAGAAGCAGUUUGUUUUGGACUUUGUUUGCUUAUUUAGCUAGCUAUGGUAAUGUGAACAUGCAGCUAUCAGGAAGUGUUUGCUAACUAAUGAUUCUUAUCUGAUGCUGACUAAGCUUAAACCUUUAUGUUGUUUAGACUGAGACAAGCUUAUAGCUAAUCUGAUACUCAUAUUAGCUAGAAAUUCUAGUGUGUAAGCUAAACAGAUAAAUGCAGAACACAUGCCCAAGUCUUCUAACAUGACAUCCAGAGGGUACAUUAUUUAAAGGCAUCUUGAGGAGCUUGUUAGGGACAUGACUCACAUUUCUACUGUAGGAACCAGGUCAAUAACAAAGUUCCCACAACUUUAUUUUACCCCUCCCCCACAAAUGACUGCCCUAACACUUUCUCAAAGUAGGCUACAUGAAUUUGGGUGGGGAAUGUCAGCGCUACACAGUUCUCAUUCAGCCACAAACGUUGAUUUAAAGUUAAUUUAUUGUUCAUGUCCUCCCUACAUCAAUGAACCAACCGAAGGAAGCAUAUGACAAAAUGCUAAGUGCUAAGCUAUACUCAGGAGGAACUGGAAACGGCCAUUUGCAAUGAUUUGGUGUUACUUCAUAUGUUGUACCUUGUAAAACCAGCUGUUAGGUUUUCAUACAACAGUGAGUAAUUUGUCUAAUCUCUGCAGAUCUUUAAAAACUAUUACUGUAAAAAGAAGAGAGUAAUGUACAGAAGGAAUCUUUUAGAAUAAUUGUGAUAAAGUAUGUUUGAAGCGAGAGUAAUGUUAUGUAACACAUAGUUACAGUUGAUUGAAAGUUAGUUUGCAAGUACUGUAAACACACUCCAAUCUCACAAUUAUUUAAGAACAGAUAUGGUUGUCAGAAAGGUCAACAGCUACUGUAGUUUAGGAAAAUCCACCCCAAAAAUGAAAUCUUCAAUGUUUACAACAAACACUGGACCAAAAUGCAUGACGAGUUCACCUCCUAUUGUACGCCAUUAUUUUGUCAAUCCAUCAUUUGAUUUUAGAGUGUAUUAUUAAAGGUUGUGACAUGAGGUAACCCUCUCUUGACUGACAGGGUGAGCCUGUGCUGCCCUCUAGUGGUAGCAGAAAUUCAUGUUAAAGCAUUGUGCUAAAGGGAUGGCAUCUCAGAGCUGGUUUGAACCAUAUAUUGUGAAUGUCUCCUGAGUCUUUGUCUGACUUUGGUGAAUGAAAGCUGUGUUCAUAUUUAUUUGAUAUUUAAUAUUCAUGGGGAACACCUGGAGAUGUGAGUUUUGAGAGUGAGGAACUUCAUGUAUGUGAACAUUAAUCAAAUGCAUGUCGCUGUCAUGUGAUGUCCGAGAUGCUCAUAAUGACGUAAUGGUGCUGCUUUAGUUUAAGAUCAUUGUGUGUCUGUUGUUGAACGUGUCUCGCUUUAAAAAAAGGAAGUGUGUUUUCUGACUUGUCCUUUUAGAUUUAACAGAUGACUUUUCUAAGCUAACUGCUCUGUUAACCUUGAGCUAAUUUUCUUUGGACUAUUUUUGUUGAGUAUAUCCUGAUACGAUCACAUUUGAUGACACAUAAUGUUUUACAUGUUCUAUAUAAUAUAUAUUUGAUAGUAAUUUAUUUGUAAUUGUUUUAACUUUUUGUAUAAUUUUUACUUUCCCCUUUUAACACUUUCUCUCAGUAUCACAUUUUUUAUUGUUACGAUACACUUUUUAAUGAAUUCUUCGAGCCGUGUUUCUGAUAACCUGUUGUUAGAAAAGUCUCGUUGUUCUUUUUUUUCUUUGAGGAUAGCUGCUUCUCUGCCUGUGCCAUGUCAAUGAUUAACACUGUGCAGCUGUCUCUUUGCUGUUGGUCCUGCUGUCUGUCAACAUUAAAGGUGAUAAAAAUAGA